UUGUCACUUCAGUUCUCAGUCAGUUGUCAGUUGAGUACUUUUUACAUUUAAUUUUAUUUUAUAGUUUUAUUCCAAAAUGGAUUAUAACAAAGACAUAGAAAUCAGAUAUAACAAAAAUGGUUCGUAAGAAAGCUUUUAUCUGAUGUGAAAAACGCGAGAAUGCUGCACAAAAUCAUGCGAGCCAUUUUUCGUAGACUUUGGGGAGUUUUCAGAAACAGCCCCUGCCAACGCAAAAUACACACAAAAAAUUACCACAGAACCAUCACAGGCGACAAAAUAGUCGACAAUCAAGAAAGCACUCUCACUGGACGCAUGCUUGCUUAUUUCAACAGUGAAAACACAACAGGUCAGACUCGCACAGAAAAGAACUUGAGGAAAGUGGUCUCUUCGAUAAGAAGUCUAGGUAUUCGUCAAAAUGUACCCGAAAGAGAGAAAUACCUGAAGUUGCUGAAUACUUUAGACGACGAAUGCUCCGAAAAGAUCAAGAAGCUGGAAUCUGCACAGAUUUUUGAAAUAUUGUAUGAAUAUAUGAAAGUGAUACCGAACAGGAUCAUAGAUUACAGAUUCUACAAUUCAGCUGUAAGCGAGUUGGUCACCAGAAUUGAUACUCUGGGAAGGAAAGAGAUUGUGCAGCUCAUUUUCUACAUCGCUCUUAAAAAGAAACAAGCAGAUCAUCAUUUGUUAAGGAAGUGCAUCAAUUCAUUAGGUGAUGCUAUCAAGAGUUUAUCUCCUGAGGAUCUUUGCGUUAUUUGCAACGCUACUUACAAAACUUCAACCGUAAUCAACAACCAUGAUUUCCUCAACAAAGUUCUUUCAAGCUUGAAUGAUAACCUGUAUAUUUUCCAAGAUCCUCCUCUCCUCAUAACUCUUAUAAAAACGGUCAGGCAAAAUCGUUACCAAACCGAAGAUUUGCUAGCCACCGUCACGUGCGCUAUUUUCUUCAAUAAAAACAUAGAACGCUACUCGUUUGUUGCUCUGUGUCAUAUGCUGGCGCUGUAUUCGGACUUCCUCUACUUUGACGAAAACAUCGUAGAAGUUUUCACGGAAAGGUGCAUCUUGCUUUUGAAGGAGAACAAAUUCACUGAGAUGGCCAAGUACACGCCUGACAUUCCUAGAAUGAAAGAUAUCAAGAGGCUGCUGUGGAGUUUGAGUAAUUUGAAUGCAAAGUAUCUCAAAGAGAGCGACAUCGAAAAUGUGAUAGUUCCUAAUAUUUUAAGCAGAAUGGAGGCAGGCGAGUUGAAAAAUGAUCGUGCCACUCUAAUAGAAAUGGUGUUGUAUUUGUGGAUGUUGAACUACCGAGCUUACGAGCUGAUGCCUUUUGCUUUGACAGAGGAAAACAUUGCUUUUAUUAAAGCCACUGACUCUCCAACGAAACUCAGACUGAACCUCCUCCUGGCUUGUAUGUUUUAUGAAGAUCGCGGCAUGUUCAGAGAAUUCAACAUUCAACCAGAAUCCGAUAUGCCCUACGAUCAGAGUCGCCAAUUGCGAAAACGACCAGUGUUGCAAAGGAUCUUCGACAAUACCAAACACAUAAAAUUUAGAACAGCUAUCAACAGGUAUGAGAUGUCGUGUCAAAUUCCCGGAUUGAAUAUCCUGGGAAUAACAGCUUACAACAAAAGCAUAUACAAAGUGUUGCAUAUGGAGGUUAUGGACGAGUAUACGAGACUAAAGAAUGUGAAGGAAAUUAUACCUUCCGGACUCAUGGAGCUGAAAUUGAGGCUUUUGGAGAAGCAGAACGAAGGAAUACUGUUGAUUUAUAGCGAAGAAGUUAAGUCUAUGGACGACGAAGAACUGCAUCGAUAUUUAUUGGAAGAAAUUGUCCUUGUAUGCUAAGAUUCAUUUUUCUGAAUGUGAUCAUUCUUUUAAGUAUUUUACUUCACUUUGUAAGAACUUGGUUUUAAGCUUUGAAAGUAACAAAUACAACUGUGACGACAAAGUGACCAGCUCAGAUCAAUAAUUCCACUUAAUUUGUAAUUACAUAUGAACUGCUGUUCAGUAUUUGCCAAAAAUUAAGUAUAAGAAACUUAAAUGUACGAAAAAAAGGGUAUUAAAAAGUACAAAUUGAUUGAA